ACCCCUCAUCCCAUAUCCUCGCUGACAUCUUGUUGAUUCGGCCUGCAUCGGAAGCAAAUUUGCUUCCUAAACACAAACUGACCUCCCGAGCCCGACGACCGCGCUCGUCGUCGCAAUUCGCAAACAACUUUCGACCUUUGACUUGUUAAUUGUACAUUCGAGCUAUUCUCCCCUAAGCUUCGACCACCUCGCCCACGCUGUUUGUCAAUAGUCGACUCUGCGAAGUCAGCCCACGUUUCCCGCAUUCAUUCUCUCCUUUCCGAGGAGGAGAGAUGAACCAGCGAAACGAUGUGGGCGGCUCAUUGGGGAACAGUUCGACGAAUGCGAAUAGACCUCGACAAAUUCGCCCUGCAGAGCAGCAGCUGCAACGACAGCAGCAGCAGCCACAGCAGCAGUAUCAGCAACAGCACGUCGUCCUGGUCCACGACCAACAAAUCCUGCAGCAAGAGCUGGCUCGAGUGGCAGCUGCCCGGGGACAACUACAACUGGAGGAAGAGCGUAUCAGGGCUUAUGAGCAAGGGCUUAUGUUUGCUGCAAACUGGCACUACGCCAAUCUGCAAAGGACCAAUCAGCUCGUAACAGGCAGUCAGACGAACGGGAGCCAAGGCCAAAUCGUCGAGCCUGUUCAACAGGCCAAUGGUCAGGGUCGCCCGUCUGGAAGCGGCAGCCUAACCCAACGCCUGCUAGAACGAUCCACACCGGGUCUGAGUCAGUACUCUGGGCAGGUACCCAGCAGCAUACAGGCUCAGCCCAUAGCGUCGACGUCAAACCAAGCUCGACCUAUCACGUCCGUGGCCAACGGAGGACAACAACGCCGAGACUCGAACUCCUCCGGGACAACGAGCAGGAACACGGUCGACAGUGGCAGAGAUGGAGGUUCGCUUGUCGAUCGGACCAGACGAUACCAGGAUAAUCUCGCUCAAGCUUGGAUGGUCUCACAACCUGCUGGCCGCACGGCCAAUACGACGACCUCGGGAGGCGUGAAUGUAGGCAGCGGCUCUGGUGUCCAAUUGCCAGCUCUGAACAACGCGGACAUCGUGCAGCACACUCAGAAUGCGGUAAAUGCAAACGUAGCUUCCGAAGGAUCGGAACUGGCUCAACGGGUACGAAACGCUAUCAGCAGUGUUCAAUCGUCGUUACCGCAAACGAGCUCCGCCUCACUCGUGACGGUCCGCGAGAAUGCCUCACGGGAUCUUGAGAACUGGACCAGGCAACGGCGCGCUGCUGAACGAGCUAGCAGGGAAGAAGCAGCCCCGUCACACACUAUUGCUCGUGAUGCCGGUCCCUCCCACGUCAUUCAGGGCAAUCCUCCCCGCACAGCGACCAUGACCAUGAGGCCUAUUACCCAAACCGUUCCAUCACCCCCGAUUCCUACGGCUCGUAUCGAGGUCAUUAGUUCUCCCGAAAGUCAACCGGCAUACGUACAACAACAGGAAACUCGGACGCAGCGGCGUAUCCCGUCGGUAGUGAGCUGGGCAGACGUUGCACAGAAUCUCGAGUUGCCGAAGAUACCGGAGGGCAACAACUCGGUCUUGACGCCUCUUUUGCGACCGACUAUGGAGCAUCGGAUAGUCUACACACAAUACAGGAUCGUCGAAUUGAUGCGGCGGUUCCCUCGUCCGCAUUCGGAAGAUCGUUUUCUCGAAAUGCUUGGCGAGUGGGCGAGAAAGACCAAUUUCGUUCUGCCUCGGACCGCAGACUAUGGGAGGCUAUACUCGGCGGUGAACAAGCUGAAGCAGGAUGAGGCGAAGUUUUCCUCGUCGAUGGCUAGAGCGGUCGCUAUCCCUCCAAAAGCGCUUCCGCCAGCCUUGAUGGUCCAUCAGCUAUCAGCCCACUCGCCUCCGGCGGUAGUCACCUGGAGCGGACCUACCAAUGAUCACUCGAAUGGACCAACGAACGGAGUAUUCCGACAUGCCGCCGUUCCAGGUGAAGGGCCUGUCGUUUCUGCUUCGGAAGUUACCGCUACGGCCGGCUCGAUCGCUGCCACGAACAAGGUGUCGAGCCCUACUGUCGUUCCGAACGGAAUGGCUCCCGCGACUGCGAACCAGCAGCAAUCGUCGGAGAAAGCGCUCCCUCCUGCCCGAGCUCUGCUUGCCCUCCUGGCUCGGGAGAAGAAAGAGGUCCAGCCGGCACCUGCCCAGAGUCUAUCAGGCCACGAAGUUGACUCGCCGAUGAGUGCUCAGAGCUCGUCAUUGUCAAAUCAGGACCAUCUCACGCCAACAAGUGCCCAGAGCUCGUCGACAACGAGUCAACACCUUUUGACACCAACAUUUGGCCAAACCGCGUUCAUAUCCGUGCAUAAUCCAGUCACGGCGCCACGUGAAGGGGCUUGGGUCAUAUCGCCUCAGAUCGUCGGUCCUGCCAUCUCAGAACAGAAACUGUCGGACAGUGCUCCGACGCCCUCCGAAUUCCCGGUUUCCAUCCAGGAGCCGAGAAUCGCGAUCAUCGCGUCUGAGACAGCAGCACCAGGGGAUACUGUUGCAUCGACUUCAUCAACGCCAUUGGCUGUCCACUCGAUUCGGACCGAGGUUUUGCGACCGACUUCGGAAGUUCAGGCUUCUAUUGAGGAAGUCAUAACCGAAGAACCGGUACCGCCUGCCUCAGAUAGCGGGAUCGCAUCGCCCUCUGCCCUUGGUCAUGAGCCGUCCGUGCAAGAACAAUCCGCGAGCGUCGUCGACGGGCAACCCGCUGUCUCGGACGACCGUCAGGAUCCGGUCGAACCUUUCGCUCCAACGUCAGAACAAGUCGAAAUACAGCUGGAAGAACAGGUUGAGAAAGAGCUUGAAGAGCCUAUUAUAAUAAGGCGUGCUCAAACCCCGGAUCAGGCUCAGCAUCGGGCGCAAAGUCAGGCUGCUGAUCAGGCCGAUCAGAUCGAGAUCCCGAUCGACGUCCAAGCUCAGGCUGACGCGAUCGAGGUUUCCACCGGUAUCCGAGCCCAGGCCGACCCUACCGAGGUCGACAAACCCCGGCAACCGAACAGGUCCAAGCCGGAUGCGCUGCUAAAAGAGAUCAAAGCGCUCAAUGCCGGGUCUGCGUCCAUCGUCGGGGUGAAACAGGAGACACCGAGCCCGUACGGAGUCGUCAACAUGCGAGUGAUCCGCACCAUUCCCCCGAACAGGAUGUGGGUUGACAUCCCCGUCAAGAAGGUUUCUAAGCCCCGACCUGAACCUCGCCCUCGCAGUCCGUCUCCCCGUCACUUCAACUUUUGGUCGCCGGAAUUCGCACUCGACCGUUUCAACAAGACGUGCUCUAGCAAGGUGCUGAGUCGGACCUUGCUGAAACGGGGUAACUUACGGCAAUGUCGGUGGAACGGUUGCGAUGCGGAACUCGCCUCGGAGUGGCACCUGCAACGUCAUUUCGAGGCGAUUCACCUUCCGCGGGCGAAGCUGACGAAACGCCAUAGGGAGGAGGUCGACGCAUGGGCUUGCGUGUGGAGGGAUUGCUCGGGCUUCUAUGCGUCUCAAGAGCAUCUGCAACAGCACGUAGAGACUAUUCACAUUCACGAAGGCCUACGGUGCCCAUAUACGACCUGUCCGCGCCCCGACGAGCGAUACACCAAUGUCGGCUAUCUGGAGAAUCACAUCGCUCGAACACCUCUUCUUCACGAUAGACGCAACGUUCGGCCUCUGAUGGAUCUGAGUAUACAACUCGACCACCGAUUUGACGUCGAGGUACCACGCGAGAUCCGCCGAGCCGAUAUACUACCCGUCAAGGCGUCUCGAGCUGUGUGGCAGAAUAGUCGACAGAAACGGAACGCCAUCAACCGGGUACAAGAUCAUUCCUUUAUCGACCGCGAAGAUAGACGAAUGCAUGCUGGCGAGAACCCUCCACCGAUCGACAUGCCGAUGCCUGCACCGGUCGUUGACGAAGAGGAAGAGGAGGAAGAGGCCAACGUGGACAGCGACACGAUCGUGGUCAAGCGCGAACCGUCGCUCCCUGCAAUUGUCGCCAAGCGCGAGCAGUCGCUACCGUACUCCCUGCGCCAACAACAGGAUCCCAGCAAACCCAAGAAGUCGGUGCUGGAGCUAGAGGUCGUCAUCGAGAUCAGUAGACCGAAUGUCGAAGGGAAUUGAUCGAGCGGAGGGCAAGGGGAUUCGGACCAAGAAGCAAUAAUAAUAUUGUAGCCUAUAUUAUACGACGCGUAACGAAUCCAAUGAUGACAUACUUCCGCAGCAUGAAUUUAACU